ACCAGGAAUAAGAUGAAGGAAUGGAAGUCAAAGAUGGAAAUUUCUGAAGAAAAAGAUUCAGUGAGGGCAGCAGGAAGACUCCAAAGACAGAUGUCCCAGGAAUGUGAGUUAGUUGAAACCAGUGAUCCUGAGGACAAGUUAUUGAGGCAUUGGGUAAGCCCCUUAGAGGAUGCAGUGAGCCAUCUCCCUUCCCAACAGAGAGGUGUCAGUGAAAUUAAUCUCAUCCCCAAGAAAGCCACUACAGGAAAGAGAGGCCAUGGAUAUAAUGAAGAAGAAAAAAUGCUUCCUGCAGGAGAAAGAUCCCAUAGAUAUGUGGUCUGUGGACAAAGCUUCAAACGAAAGUCAGGAUUAAAUGAACAUCAGAAAGUGCAUAAUGUAAAUAAGACCUAUGAUUGUAAGGAAUGUGGAAAAACCUUCUGUCGGAGCUGAGACCUGUUCAUACAUCAGAGAAUUCAUAUAGGAAAGAAAUCAUAUGUAUGUAAUGAAUGUGGGAAAAAUUUUAAUCAAAGUUCAAAUCUUAUUAUACACCAGAGAAUUCAUAUAGGAAAGAAACGUUAUACAUGUCAGGAAUGUGGAAAAGACUUCAAUCAAAUUUCUAACCUGGUUAGACAUAAGAGAAUUCACAGCGGCGAGAAUCCCUGUGAAUGUAAAGAGUGUGGGAAGGCCUUUAAGGGAAGCUCAAACCUUGCCCUGCAUCAGAGAAUCCACAGUGGAGGGAAGCCAUAUGUAUGCAAUGAAUGUGGGAAGGCCUUCAAUCAAAGCUCAGAUCUUAUUAUACAUCACAGAAUUCACACUGGAGAGAAACCCUAUGAAUGUUAUGACUGUGGACAAACAUUCAGUCAAAGUUCACGCCUUGUCACACAUCAGAGAAUUCAUACUGGAGAGAAACCCUUCAAGGGUAAUGAAUGUGAAAAAGCCUUCAGGCAGCGUUCUCGCCUUACCGAGCACCAGAGACUCCACAGUGGAGAGAAACCAUAUGAAUGUCACGAAUGUGGGAAAUCCUUCAGUGGGCACACAGCUUUUCUUAAACAUCAGAGACUACGUACUGGAAAGGAAAUUGAAUGUGAAAAAGCUUGCACUUCUGACUUGGAACUUAUCAAACAACAGAAAAUUCCUAGGGAAGAAAAACUUUAUGAAUGUACUGAGCGUGGAAAAACUUUCCGGGGAAGUUCAGAUCUCGUUCGGCAUUGGAUGAUUCAUACUGGAGAGAAACCCUACGAAUGUAAUGCAUGUGGGAAAGCCUUUAGCCAGAGGUCACACCUUGUUACACACCAGAAAAUUCAUACUGGAGAGAAGCCUUAUCAGUGCAAUGAAUGUGGGAAAGCCUUCAGUGAUAAGGAAGUCUUUGUGCCGUAG